CUUCUCACUUGGCACCUUCUCUGAGCGCUCGGGCUUCCGGCCAGCAAGAGAUGAAAAGCUGCCAGUGAGCAAACGUUUACGAUGGCUGCCCAUCGAAUCAUCAGAGUGACGAACAACAACCACAUCCUCCCUCGCUGUAAGUCUGAGGGGACACUCAUCGACCUCAGUGAAGGGGUCACCGGGGCCAGUCUCAGCGAUGUCAAAGUGCCUUCUCCCAGUGCCUUAAGGCUGGACACUUCCUCCUCCUACGGAGCUGCACAGGAAGUUGUCGCCAUAAAGGAUUAUUGUCCCAGCAGCUUCACCACGCUGAAAUUCUCCAAAGGUGAUCGCCUCUAUGUGCUGGACACAUCAGGUGGAGAGUGGUGGUACGCCCACAACAACACGGAAAUGGGCUACAUCCCAGCCGCCUACGUCCAGCCGGUCAACUUCAGGAACUCAUCGCUUAGCGACAGUGGGAUGAUCGACAGUCUCGGGGAGGGAUACGAGGAAGGGUCAAAGGAGUUUGGAGGUUUAGGGGAGUGGACAGGGAUGACCCUGAAGCCCUCCCCAAUGUAUAACAACAGCCCCUUCUCUGUGAACCCCUUUAUCUGUCCAUUAGAUCAAAACUGCAAAGACAUUGGUGUAAGGAACUCAGCUGACCUUAUUCUGUUUGACGCUCUUGCAUCUCCAUCAUCCUGCUCCAACUUUAACACUAGCACUAUCAUGACCAAUGGGUUCAGCAGCUACCAUAUUAACAAUACCACCCCCACCUGCCCAAACCAAGAGGUUGUCCCUAACGUCCACAGGGAUAAUCCAUUUUUCAGGAGUAAACGUUCCCAUAGUCUGUCAGAGCUGUCUGUUCUGCAGGCGCAAUCUAAUCCAACCUUACCUUCUUCGGGAUUCUUCACGGGCCUUAAGGCUCCCUCACCGGAGCAGUUUCAGAGCAGGGAGGACUUUAGGACUGCUUGGUUGAACCACAGAAAGCUAGCCAGGUCUUGCCAUGACCUCGACUCCUUGGGCCAGAGUCCUGGGUGGGGCCAGACACAGCCGGUGGAGACCAACAUAGUGUGCAGGUUGGACAGUAAUGGAGGGGUAGUUCAGCUUCCAGACACCAAUAUCAGCGUACACAUCCCCGAGGGCCACGUCAGCCAUGGAGACUACCAGCAGAUCUCCUUGAAAGCCUUACUGGACCCCCCACUGGAGCUCAACACAGACCACUGCUCCACCGUGAGCCCCGUGGUGGAGAUAAAGCUCAACAACAUGGAGACCAAGUCCUUCAUCACGCUGGAGAUGAAGGUAUCAGUAACUAUGAAGAAAGAGACCUGUCACACUGCUGAAGUGCUUUGUGUUCGCAGCGAUUGCAAAGAGGGGCCUUACAUACCGAUCCCUAAUGCUUACAUUUAUAAAGAUACAGUCCAGGUGCAGUUGGACAGUCUAGAGCCCUGCAUGUAUCUGGCCGUUGUGGUUCAGUCUCAGUGCAUCAGCCACAAUACGACUGUUUGGGACCAUGUGCAAAGGAACGUGACUUUGGGUGUCUAUGGACCCAAGCACAUCCACCCUUCCUUCAAGACAGUUGUGGCCAUGUUUGGGCAUGACUGUGCCCCUAAGACCUUGUUGGUAAGCGAAGUGGGUCGGCAGGCUACGUCAACUCCACCGGUGGCCCUCCAGCUGUGGGGGAAGCACCAGUUCAUACUGGGACACCCUCAGGACCUUCGCGUGGGAUUGUACUCUAACAUGUCCAACUACCAGGUGAAGGCAAGCGAGGGCACCGGGGUGAUUAGGGGAUUUCAGGUCAAACUGGGGAAGGUCAGCAGGCUCCUGUACAUGAUAACAUCACACAACCCCAACAGCAUCUCAGACUUCACUCUCAGGGUCCAAGUCAAGGACGCCCUCGACUGUAUCCUCACCCAGUUCUGUGUCCAAACUCCACAGCCUCCGCCAAAGACCGGAGCGAGGAUAACAGGUCAGAGGAGGUUCUUGAAGAAGAAAGAGGUGGAUAAGAUUGUCCUCUCACCGCUGGCUGUCACCUCCAAAUACCCAAAGUUUCAGGACCGGUGCAUUACCAACCUGAAAUUUGGUAAAUUGAUCAAAACGGUGAUCAGGCAGCACAAGAGCACCUAUUUGUUGGAGUACAAGAAGGGUGAUGUUAUUGCUUUGCUAAGCGAGGAGAAAAUCAAACUGCGAGGGCAGCUGCGGACCAAAGAGUGGUACAUUGGAUACUAUCAGGGGAAGAUGGGGCUUGUCCAUGCGAAGAACGUUUUGGUUCUGGGUAAGGUCAAGCCCAUUUAUUGGUGUGGGCCGGACCUAACGACCACCAUGCUGCUGGAGCAGAUCCUGAAGCCUUGCAAAUUCCUUACGUACAUCUACGCAACCGUGAGGACGGUUUUAAUGGAGAAUGUGGGAAACUGGAGGGCGUUUGCAGAUGCCCUGGGGUAUGGGAAUUUGCCGUUGAAUUACUUUUGCCGGACCGAGCUGGACAACGAGCCGGAGAAGGUGGCGUCGGUUCUGGAGAAACUCAAAGAGGAGUGUACCAAUAUGGAGAACAAGGAGAGGAAGUCCUUCCAGAGGGAACUAAUGCUGGCGUUGCUGAAGAUGGACUGCCAGGGUCUGGUUGCCAGGUUGGUGCUGGACUUUGUGUUGUUGACCACGGCGGUGGAGGUGGCGUCCCGGUGGAGGGAGCUGGCUGAGAAGCUGGCCCGAGUGUCCAGACAGCAGAUGGAGGCUUACGAGGCUCCGCACCGCGACAAGAACGGACUUCUGGACAACGAGUCCAUGUGGAAGCCCGCCUACGACUUCCUCCUGACGUGGGCCGCCCACGUCGGGGACAGCUAUCGAGACGUGAUCCAGGAGCUCCACCUGGGCCUGGACAAGAUGAGGAACCCCAUCACCAAGAGGUGGAAGCACCUGACCGGCACGCUCAUCCUCGUCAACUGCCUCGACACCCUGCGCAGCGCCGCCUUCUGCCCCACCGGGUACGGAGACUUUGCUGUCUGAACCUUGGGGAACUCUUCUGCUUGUGGUGGAAGUUACUUUGUCUGAAGUGUGGCUGACUUUAUGGACACGAUGUUCGGGAUGGACUCCAAGGAUUCGACCGUGAAUCUCUAGGCUUUCCCCAGCCGUCCAUCUUUAGGUGCGGUCUUGCUUGGAGUCUCGGAUCAGUAUUGAUGCAACACUGACGAGCACCAGAGGUCAAAUGAAUUCUGACAUUGGAAAAGUCAAAGAGUGAACUGAAGGAUCUGGAUCUUGUUACGUCUGUUCUGCUUCUGCUUGUCCUUGUACUCUUCUCCAUCUCCUCUCUAUCUCUACCCUUUUUCUUCAUCUCUUUCCACCUCUUCCUCAUCUCGUCUUUAUCCUUUCUCAUCCUAAACUAUCACAUUUUGACUGUUAAUAUUCUGUCCGCCCAAGCUUUCCAUGUUGGUUUGUGAUUUCUGUCACUACGGCCCUCAGGACAUCAGAGACCUAAACCACUGCAGAACAUAACCCGACAUACUGUGAACUCUGACCUCUCCUCCAUCUUUUAACGUUGAUUUGACCCCCAAACUGAACUGACUGUGCUCACGACCUUCACCUUUGUUCCCUCCAUUUCGAAGCGGCAGUUUUUAUUCGACUGACUGUCGCUGGCAUUUCUAUUUAAAGGAGGCAAAACAGAUGGUUUUUUUUUACAAAUGUCUUCAAUCAAUCGAAGUGAAGCAGACGUGGUUUCAUACAUGAAGAACUUUUGACACUGAUUUGCUUUGCCAAAAACUGUUAGCCCGAUGCUAACAUUGCAACUUUGCAGUAAAGGUACUGUAUAUCUGCUAAUGCAAGAUAUACCUCUAUUUUUUUACACUUGCAGAACAACACAGAUAAUGUGUUAUCCAUUAUGGGGCUCUUGUUGUGUUCUGGGUUUUCACUUCUUGUAAGUGCAACGUCUAUUUUCCCUAUUGAAAACUCUCCCGCAUAGAAAGAUCAAACUCAAAUAUGUCGCAGAAUGAUAAAAUAUGUUAUUGCAGAAAAUUGCAUAUUACCAUGACAACCAAAUGACUUUAUCAUUUCCAACCAGAAAGUCCAACAAAAGGUGCAUUUUUCUGCUACGUUUGGUUCUGACAUCUGCAGAGUUCAGAGUAAAUGAAUUAUUUUUUGUGUUUAACGAAUCAGAGGAUGUUUCUGUGUUUUCCUUCAGCUGCAGUAAACCUGUGAACUUUGGGCUUCAGAUGUGAGUUUUAAAGAACUAGUUAUCUUCUAAUGAUCUAGGUUUUGUUAAGUUUGUAUUUAAAGAAGCCCCUUUGUCUUUGACUAUAAUCAAUCAGCUCUGACGCUUCUGUUGUUUUCUCUGUAUGCCUGUUUUCCUUUCAGCGUUUCUUUUCUAUAUGUUUUGUGGCCGCUGCAGUGUUCCUGUGUCUGUUUGGGAUAUGAACCUGAUCUGAGUUUAUAUAUUUGUACCGAACGCCGAUCGAGUAUUGAAACAUUCUCCAGUGAUGUUGCAUCAACUGUGACGGGUCGCAGAUCUGAAAUCUGUUCAGUGUUUCCGGCCACCAGGUCUCAAUAAA